AUGGCGGGUGCUAAGGAAACAUCUACUACACCCCAGCAAAGAAAACGAGCUCCCAAAGGACGUCGUACUACUGGCCCUGUUGCCGUCGGCGGCAAUAACAGUGUUGCGGGACAGGAGAAUACCUCACCGCAGAAUAAGACCGGUAAAAAAUCCAAGAAAAGCAAGGGUAAGAGACGGGGACGGGGACAUGACAAGAUGGUGCCCUCCGAGCCUGCAGAAAGUGUUGACCCUGUCAAAAAGACAUCGCGGAGUGAGAAGAGGCCCUUAUCUACUACUUCAAGGGUGGGAUCAUCGCUAGCUGGCUCUCAUAAUGAGCUGUCAGCCACCCAAAUGCAAAGUUUCCUUGAAGCUGGCCUAGCUAUGAUCGACGAGUCACCGGACACACGCAGGACAUUUGUUGAAAGUCUGGCCACCGAGUCUGGUCUUCGGAAAGUUCGACAGAUAGUUGAGACUCCAUUCGCAAUGACUUACAGCGUUCUGAAGCCUAUGUUUGAUCCACAUUGUAUACUGUUCCUUCGACUGGUCUCUCACAAUGAGCUACUAUCUUCACUUAUACUUGAGAAGGCUGUGGGGACAAUCUACAACGUCAUAUACGGUCCCGGUGGUCGAAGGGCAGUUGGGUUCUUCACAAGAAUGACAGACUUUCUCGCCCAGAUCAAAACCGAUGGCAGAGAUCAAAUUUCUGUCCAAUUUGGUGCUGCGCGAAGCGAAGUGUUGUCUCUAGUUUCGAGGGUACUUCUCAGUACUCUGACCUUGAAUCAAGAAGCUGCAAUACAGGUAGAUUUCAGCAGCAUUGCUGGCAGGAUUUAUGACUGCUGUCAUGCCGAUAACGCCGACGCCGGGGCCGGCGAUGACAGCUUGCAGCGGGCAUACGAGGACGUAGUCAAGAUUCGGGACAUCCUUUCUAUGGGGGACUCAAUUCCUAUAUCACAAAAGCCCGAUAAACUUCAAACCAUCAGAACCAAUCAGAAAGGCAGCACGAGGCAUAUUGUUGACCUCCCCGGCGAAUUGUCUGAGCUUGGCCCUCGCCACGACAAUGACAAAUCGGCAAUCUCGGAUAUUCAGAUCCUGCCUACAAAAUCAGAGAUACUGAAUGCUGACCGACCUGAGUUCCUCCCCGCACGAUGCGCUACCGAUUCCUCCAUUAUGCAUCACGAGCGGGGCAUCCGUCGACUUCUCGAUAGUCAAUUCCGCCUUCUACGGGAAGACACAUCUGGUGUACUUCGCGAAGGUAUAAGAUUAAUAAUACACACAUGGGAACAGAUUGUCCACGGAACAGACUGGCGCCUGAAGCGCAAGUUUCUUCGUGACAAUAUGCCAACUCCGGUUCGGGUCUAUUCAGGAGUCGAAAUUCGACAAAUAAAGUCAGAGCAUUUCAGAGGCAUCGAAGUGGACUUGGAAUUUGAUCAGCUUCCUAGACUGAAAAAAGUAAGCCCAGCAAAACGAAAACAGUGGUGGGUUGAUUCAAAGGCGUUAAGAAAAGGAUCAAACCUGCUGGCCUUGUUAGACGCAGAGGAUGUGGAUGACACAUCCGCGAUCUACUUCCUUGUUUCGAAGAGAGAGACCAGCUAUAUCGAAAAAGUCAAGCAGGGCUCUGCCCCAGCCGACCGUGUCAACGAUGUAGUUAGCGAUGGCAACAGAGCCAUGGUUACACUGGGGCUAGUAGGACCACCCAAUUCGCAAGACUUGGAGAGGCUUGUUUUGUUCUCGAGGAGCAAUCCCUUUCCCCGACCACUCAUACUCGUGGAAUUUCCAGCCAUUCCGUACAAUUCUUUCGAGGGUAUUCUGAGAUGUCUUCAGGUGCUACAUCAGAACCCAGCACGCAUGCCAUUUACUGCAUGGCUAGCCCCGAGUACCGAUAACCAUGAAAUGUGUGAAUCUCUGACGGAAGGUAGCACCGACGCUGGCAAUAUCAGUAUACAACCCCCUGCAUACUUCCGAAACAACCUAUUGCUCGACCUUUCUUGCCUCCGAGACCAAGGCGAUGCUGAGGACGCAAGUCAGAUACUGUCUAUGUCUCUUUCCCACGAUCCGAAAAUACUUUCCGCAGACCUCUCCAGGGUAACUGCUUUGGACGAAGGCCAGGCAAAUGCGCUCAUCUGGGCAUUGCGGCGGAAGAUAGCUUUGAUUCAAGGGCCCCCAGGAACUGGAAAAUCAUACGUGGGGCUACAGCUAGCUCGAUGUCUGCUGUACAACAAGGAUAUGUUGAACCUGGGCCCGAUACUAUGCGUAUGCUACACCGCUCACGCACUUGAUCAAUUUCUCGAUGGUCUCCUUAAAUCGGGUGUUACCAAUAUCAUCAGGAUUGGCCCUCGCAGUGCCUCUCCACAUAUCGAGAGUCUGUCACUGGAAACUAGAAAGCAAGAGCCAGGACCCCGAAUUAAAGGCCUUCCUAGGAUAAAGAAUGAAUCGCGAGUGAAGUUACUCAGCAUAAGCUCAAGAAUUGACGAACUCCUGAAGCAAGCCCAGAGCAGCGGUCACAGCCUCGUUCUUGGGGUUCUGAAGAAAAGAUUCCCCUCCCACUCCAACCGCAUAAUUUCGGGGUAUCCUGGCCAAACGGACACAAAUGCAUUACAAGCGUGGGUUUCUGGCGAUGCUCCCGGAGACUGGAGUGAUGCUAAUAUUGUGCGCUCCAUUGACCGACUCCUGCAGGAGGACGUCUGGACGCUCAAGGCUUCUGAGCGAGCUCGUCUCCUUAGUUACUGGCAGGAGGCGGCUCUCACAGAGAUCAAUCAACAAGUAUUGACACUUCUAGAAGCUCAUUCGGCAGAAAAGGAGCGAUAUACCUCAGCGUUCAACAUGUCGGAUGUGCAACGCCUGAACGACUGUCAGGUGGUAGGCGUAACUACUACCCAACUAGCAAAUAAUGCUGAUUUGCUUCGAAACCUCAAUGCAAAAGUGCUCAUCUGUGAAGAGGCAGCAGAGGUUCUUGAGUCGCAUGUUCUCACUGCGCUAAUACCUUCGAUCCAGCACGCUAUUUUGAUAGGAGAUCACUUGCAGCUACGUCCACGCAUCUCCAACCUUAGGUUAUCAAUGGACUAUGAACGGGAGAGCCCAAAGUACAACCUCGAUGAGUCAUUGUUUGAGCGACUAGCAAACUUCCGGUUCGGAGAAUCAACAUCUAUUGAAGGUGGACAGAACGAGCAGGAAUAUAGCUUCCCCGUGAUGCAGUUGAGCCAUCAACGGCGGAUGCAUCCAUCCAUUUCCGAACUCGUCCGCGAGACUUUAUAUCCAAAGCUCCAAGAUCAUCCCACGAUGGCCUCAUAUCCCCUUGUACCUGGCAUUGCUCAUAGAUUGUAUUGGCUCGAUCACCCUCACUUGGAAGAUCCGACUGAUCCUACAGAGCCAAUGCAAAGCAAGACGAAUACAUGGGAGAUUGGGAUGGUAACCGCAUUGGUGCGACAUCUCUGUCAACAAGGCAAGUAUGGGCCCGGCGAGAUUGCCGUAUUGACGCCAUAUGUUGGACAGUUGAGAAUGCUCAGAAAUGUCCUGGAAAAGGAAAUGACCCUAAUAAUCAGUGAGACGGACUCGGAUGUACUCGAUGAAACUGAGGGGUUAGAAGUGAGUGGAACCUCUACUGCGCAUGCGAAAUGGUGCGGAAAGCAGGGGGCCCCUCUGAAGGGAAGCCUCCUAGAUGUCGUUCGAUUGGCUACAGUCGACAAUUUCCAGGGCGAAGAAGCAAGUGUCGUUAUUGUCUCCCUUAAUGUUGAUCUCAUCGAGCUCAAGGCGUACAAAGACGUGGAUAUCGACCAAGAUCCAUUGGUAUUCCUCUCCUGUGGUCACUUCUACACAGCGUCCUCACUGGACGGCAUAAUGGGGAUGUCUGAACAUUAUCAAGUGGAAUCAUCUACAGGCAGGAUACUUGGUCCGAAACUUACACACCGAUUAUUGGAGUCUGGGCGUCCAAAAGGGUGUCCUCAAUGCCGUGCACCACUUCGUGAUAUCGAUCGCUAUAACAGAAUCAUCAAACAAGCAUUCCUCGAUGAAGCAACGAAAAAGUUCGCCACUCAUGCAAGCUUGAACUUUAGUCACUUGCUGGAAGAGGUUGAGGUCUGUGAGAAAGAUAUCGAGCGCGAAAAAUCGGGUUUUGUAUCUGAAUGGUUGCAGGAGUCAGUCGGGACAAGAAGUGCUGACGAGGUCAAGCGCUCGGUUGAAGCUUAUCGUGGAAGGGGAAACAGACUGUUGGGCAAAAUCAAGGAGUUUACCAAAUCUGUGGCAAAAUCUGAGCAGCCGUUUGGGAGGGUCAGUGAGAUACUCGCGUCAGCAACAGCGAGGAAGGCUAGCAUGCCUGCAACACCAUUCCAAUACAGUGAAUCGUAUAUCCAAACCGGGUUUCAAUCACGCGGCCAUGUUCUCGCACUUCGACUCACCUGGGUCCUUUUCUGGAACUUUGACACCAUCUACAGCAACAAGCGAAUUGACCCACGCAUAAAGAUGAUUCUGGCCCAAGUGGUAAAGAAUCAGAUUAGUGGUCUACUGAGUCGAUGUGAAGCUCUGGCGAGGGAUUGCCAGAAGGCUAAGUUUCUGCAGCAGGAGGUAGAGUCCCGAACGUAUUAUGCUCUGUUCUCAGUGCUGUUCCUUAGCAAUCACGAAGCACGUGGUAGCCCUGUCGAAGGAUCCACUGAAAAACAGAUACGGGAAAAGGCACUGAAAGAGCUGAAAGACUGCGAUGUAAUUUGUUUGCGCCACUCUAACAUCCUAUGGUCUCUCCGUGAGGAUAUCGAAAAAGCAAGAAGACUGGUCAAGGGCGGAACAUUCUACAGUUGUGUUACCAGCGAAGAAAGACGGCAGGUGUAUCAGGCCAUGGCGGCACAAUUCAACGGUACAGGCCACUGGUACUAUUGUGAAAACGGGCAUCCGUUUGCGGUGGGAGAAUGUGGGAUGCCGAUGGAAGAAAGUCGCUGUCCGCAGUGUGAGGCGCCAGUGGGCGGGCUCAAUCAUGAGUUUGCUCAAGGGAUCCGCAGAGCAGAUGACAUGGAUGUGGAGUUUGGCGGUUCCCUUUCUGUCGAGGCGGACGCAGACUGA